AUGAACCUCAAAAUAUUGUUUUUACUGCUUGUGGUAGCUGUGUGUGAGUCGUUUUUUCUUCAAAGUAAAGAUAUAAAAAGGAUGUUGCGGUACUUCCCCAAAGCUUUUGAUAUUGAAACGACACGAAGUCGGCCUCUUCGAACCCGGCAACCAAUCCACCAUGAUUACAUCGAUACUUACGAUAGGCAAGAUAAUGAAGAACCCUUCAAAUACAGAAAUUCGAAAGGGAGAAACAGACGACCAAAUUACCAUCACUGUGACCAUCCUGACCAUUACCAUCACCACCCAGAAGACCGAUUACAAACCCAUCGCAACAAAAAUACGAAAAUUGAAGGCAUUGAAGAUUAUGGCAAUGAGAAGAAGAAAUAUAAAAAGAAAAUAAACUUGAAAGAAGAAAUAGAAAACACUGAAGAUGAAAAUGAUAAAAAAGAUUACAUAACUGGAGUUUUAGUGACAAUUCCAAAAAUUAACAACGGUGAGGAGGCAGAAACUUAUCUGAAAAGUGGUAAACACAAUGUGUUCUUCCAAAAACCGUUAAAGACUGAACUCGACGACUAUCAUCAUCACCACAUUCCAGGCGACGACGAUAUCGACCCGUAUUUUUAUUAA